AUGUUCCUUCUGAAAGAUUCGGCAGCACAAAAUUGGUGUUCGUACACAGUCACCAAGACGGUUUCCUGCCACAUCCAAAAUGGAACCUAUCUCCAGAGAGUUUUCCAAAGUUGUCGCUGGCCCAUGAGCUGUUCAGGGGGCAGCUACAGGACAGUGAUCAGGCCGACCUACAAGCAGGCGUUCAAGACGGUCACCGCUCUGGAGUGGAAAUGCUGCCCUGGGCAUUCAGGGCCAAACUGCGAAGCAGAAACUCUCAGCUACCAGGAUAUUCCAGGUACCUCACAUGGGAUCCCUGCUCUGAGCAGACUGCCCAUCCGACCUGCAACGUAUUCUGGUUGUUUCAACUGCAGCAAAUUCUCUGAGCUUUUGGAAAGAGUCAACCUCCUGGAAGCCAAGGUGGCUACCUUUACAGCCGUCGAAUCUGUGCCCUCGCCCAUAUCGCACCAACAGUUGCCCCCAACGGGCGAUUCUGCCCCCAAUCCCUUAAAUCUGUGGAACUCUCUGGCCACCCAAGGGAAACCCGGAGAAGAACGUGUGAAAGGAAGAUUGGCUUCACCGGGACCACCAGGCCCAGUAGGGCCCAAAGGAGAUGCUGGGAUCCAGGGCCCCUCCGGUGUUCCUGGGGUCAAGGGUGCUGUUGGACCACAGGGUCCUCCAGGUCCUCCUGGCCCACCAGGACGAGAUGGGUCAAGGGGGGUUCCUGGAGAGAAGGGCCCCCCUGGAUCUCCUGGACCACCGGGACCACCAGCCCCAGUCGGGCCCCAAAUUUCACCAAUCCCAGAUCAAAGGGACUUGCUUCUCUCCAACUCCUUCACUGAAACUGGUGUAACUGGUCCAGCUGGACCUGCUGGACUUCCAGGCCCAAUGGGUCCCCCAGGACCUGCUGGAAAACCAGGUUCUCCAGGGCGCGAUGGAACACCAGGAACACCAGGUGCUGAUGGGGCCUCUGGUGCCCUUGGGCAGAAAGGAGAGAGGGGUGAACCAGGGCCCAAGGGUGACCCGGGUGAGAAGGGUUCCUGGGGGGAGGGGUUACACCAGCUCCGAGAGGCUUUGAAGAUUUUAGCAGAAAGGGUUUUAAUCUUGGAAGCCAUGAUUGGGCUACAUGGUGAGUAGAGACAGGGAAGGAGGACAGACGCCCGACGUUAGCAGCUCUCCGGGCGAAGGGCAGGGGGUCAGAGCCGCUGGCCUCCCUCCCUUGGGCAGCGUGUUUUUCCCUUGGGACGCUCGGUGCAGCUUCCAGCUUUCUGGGCUUGGCUGGGGAGCUCCCAAGAGGCGGGCGGGUGGACGGACGGGUCGUCAUUAGCUAGCCUGGCCGGGGAAGCAGGGGACAGCCUUCCCCAGCCUGGGGCUCCCCAGACGCGAUGGGGCUGCAGCUUCCAGCAUCCCAGCCUUUGUCCCUCUUGAUGGGGAAGGGGCCAAGGUGGGAAAGGCCGACCCGGAUGUAUGCAUCCAUUGGGAGAACCUGUCCUGUCUGGACCAAUCUAUCUCUCCAUUUGGGAGGGUGGGAGCUGGACUGGUUCAUAUUAAGACACCCCCUCUGGGCAGAUGUUCCUUCCCAGGCUUGUUUCUGAUGGU